UCAGAAUUAAUUCAGAUCCACCUCAAAAUUCAAUUUCCUCCCCCAUUUCAUCUCCUCCCAGAUCAAUUAAUCAUGGCGGAGUACCCUCACCGCCACGGCCACGGCCACGGCCGCCGCGGCGGCGGCGACGACGACUCCGACGACCGCCGCCGCCACGCGCCCGCAUACGGCCACCAGGACCCCUACGACGCGGCUCCCCCUUCCUACGGCCGCCCCGCCGCAGACCCCUACGACGCCCCUCCCCCUUCCUACGGCCGCCCUCCAGCUGACCCCUACGGCCGUGCCCCGCCGGCCUACGGCGGGGGCCGCGACGACGACGACGGCGGCUACGGCCGCCGUGCGCCGCCUCCGUCUUACGGCCGCGAGGACGACGGCGGCUACGGAGGCCGCGCCCCGCCUCCGGCCUACGGCCACGGCGGCCGCGACGACGACGGAGGCUACGGCGGCGGACGCGCGCCCGCCCCGGCCUACGGCAACGUCGUCCACGUCUCCCAUGAGUCCGGCGAGGAGGACAGGCCGCACUACGGCGGCGGAUCCGGGUACGGCCACGAGACCCGCCCGCACCACGGUGGCGGUGGCGGCGGUGGGGCGGCCCCUGUCAGGCAGCAGACCUUCAGGAUCGUCUGCAAGGCCGGCGAGGCCGGCUUCAGCCUCGCCGCCAGGGACGGCAAGGUCUGCCUCGUCCGCACCGACCGCGACGACGACGCCCAGCACUGGAUCAAGGACAUGAAGUACAGCACGAGGGUGAAGGAUGAGGAAGGAUACCCUGCCAUCGCGCUCGUCAACAAGGCCACCGGGGAGGCUCUCAAGCACUCCCUCGGCCAAUCCCACCCUGUUCGCCUGGCCAGCUACAAUCCAGAGUACAUGGAUGAGUCUGUCCUGUGGACCGAGAGCAGGGACGUCGGUGAAGGCUACCGCUGCAUCAGGAUGGUGAACAACAUCUACUUGAACUUUGAUGCGCUCCAUGGCGACAAGGACCAUGGUGGUGUGCGCGAUGGGACCACCCUCGUGCUGUGGGAGUGGUGCGAGGGCGACAACCAGCGCUGGAAGAUCGUUGCCUGGUGAACAAGUUUGUUGGUUCAAGCAGCGCUUCCCGUAAUAAUAAAGCAACGUACUGAGGGUUUGUCGGAAUAAAGGGUUGCGUGGGUGUCUCUGUUUCUGUUUGAUCGUCAUCUUUGUUAUAAUUAAUUUGUAAUGAUGGAUCAUUGGACCAAGUGUGCGUGGUAUACCCGUACUCGCUGAUUGCUAUGCAUAUAUACCCGUACAUGCCGUGGACAUAUUUGUGAACUGUGAUAGAGAUGGUUUGCCCCGAAAAAAUAUUGUAAUUGAGAUCGACCUUUUAUUUAUUUUUUGUGAGAUCUUGA